UUGUGCUCAAAAUGACCACAGCAACCUCUCCUAUAAAACCCCUCCCCCAAAAUCUCCUCCUUCCCAAUUGGGUCCGCCCUCUCUCUCAUCUCUCUCGCUCCUCCUCCUCCUCCACACCCACCCCACACCACCCCAUAACAACCUCAUCAACCCCUCAACUCCAAAUCCGCAAUCGCAAUCCCAACUGGUGGAGGAUUCCACCCUCAACUUUCCUACACCAUCACCACCACCACCACUUUGGGCCCAGAUUCCGCGGCCCAAGUAAAUGCCUCCCCAUAUCUUCUGCCUCACCUGCUAGUGGGAGCUCCGAGAAUCAAGGAGAGGAGGUUUCUGGGGUUAUGGCCGAUAUGGGCUCCCUGAAUCAUAAAGGUCAUGAUUGGUUCGACGGACGAUUGCACCCUGACAAAUCAGACGGAUUGCUUUCUUCUAAUCACAACCAAUCAUCAUCGCCGCCGCCGCCUCAUCAGUCGUCCAAAUUGCUCACCUUGCCCACCAUUCUCACCCUCGGCCGCGUCGCCGCCGUGCCUCUCCUCAUCAGCACUUUCUAUGUGGAUAGUUGGUUGGGGAAAACGGCUACGACGAGUAUAUUCAUCAUUGCAGCUAUUACUGAUUGGCUUGAUGGCUAUCUUGCUCGCAAGAUGAGGUUAGGAUCUGCCUUUGGUGCUUUUUUGGAUCCGGUAGCUGAUAAGCUCAUGGUUGCAGCCACACUGGUUUUAUUGUGCUCCAGACCUCAAGAUGUUAAUGCAUUUGGGCAAGUGCCAUGGCUGCUGGUUGUUCCUUCAAUUGCCAUAAUAGGUAGAGAGAUAACCAUGUCUGCAGUUAGAGAAUGGGCUGCUUCUCAAAACACCAAGCUUUUAGAGGCUGUUGCUGUAAAUAACUUGGGAAAGUGGAAAACAGCCACACAGAUGAUUGCGCUAACUAUCCUCUUGGCGACCCGAGACAGCAGUCUUGGAGGGUCAGAGUUUGUAGUAGCUUCUGGGGUUGUUCUGCUUUAUAUCUCAGCAUGGCUUGCUGUAUGGUCAUUAGCUGUGUAUAUGAGCAAGAUAUGGAAAGUACUGCUGAGGUAGCCUCGAGGCUGCUGCUCUAUCUUUAGGGGAUAUACAUAUGAUUUGAGCAAUCACUGUGAAGAAUUACUUGUCAGAGCUCUGUACAUGAACCCAGUGAUGAUCAUUAUUGCACAUUGGAGCAGCAAUUUGCUGCUAGUUGAUGGAGGAGGAUAAUAUUAUUGCUAAAGUAACUGCAGUGUUGAGUAAAUUCCAUAUUUCGGGGUGGGUAGUAUCAUUAUGUUUAAAUGGCUACCCACAACGCUUAUAUUCUCACUGCUGUCAGGUUGGUCUUUUUUGGGAUUAUAUUCGGGAUACAGAUGUUGAAACAAGUUUUCCUCACAUUACAUAGUUUGGUUCAAUU